AUGGAAUUGUCGUCAUGGCACGGAGGCCAUGAAGGUUUUAGGAUUUGUGAAAACAUGCAGGACACAAUUGAACGGUACCGUAGAAAUACCAGGAGUGCUCAACCAUUGCAAAGAUCAGAUGAACAAAAUAUGCAGAAUUUGAAGCAAGAAACAACUAGUUUGAUGAAGAAGAUUGAGCUUCUUGAAGCUUCGAAACGGAAACUCAUGGGAGAAGGAUUGGGUUCAUGCUCCUUGGAAGAACUACAACAGAUAGAACAACAGUUGGAAAAGAGUGUAAGCACUGUUAGAGCAAGAAAGAAUCAGGUUUACAAGAAUCAAAUUGAGCAACUUAAAGAAAAGGAAAAAGCCCUACUUGCUGAAAAUACCAGGCUCUCUAAGCAGCCACCGCCACAGCCGCUGCCGCUGUCGCCGCCACCUCCGAAUGAUCAUCAGAGAGAAAAUCAAAAUCAAGCGUAUGCAGAAAGCAGCAGUCCAAGCUCGGAUGUGGUGACUGAGUUGUUCAUUGGACUACACAGGUCUAGUUGA